UUAUACUGGGCCCAAGCCCAGCCCUAAGUGUUCUUCCCCUCCAAAGGCCACAUAGCCAAUGGGCGGAAAGAGAUCUAGGGUUUUAAAUAGGGGUUAUGAAUGAACUGGUGUCGCAUUAUAUUUCUCUUAGAUUGAUUGUUGAAGAAAAAGAGCAGAGAUCGAUUUGCAAAGAUGUUUCCAGGAAUGUUUAUUAAGAAACCAGACAAAGCAGAGGCUUUGAAGCAGCUCAAGUCCCACGUCGCCAUGUUCGGAGCUUGGGUCGUUGUCAUUCGAAUAACCCCUUACGUCCUCCACUACUUCUCCGGUGAUAGGGAUGAGCUGAGCCUCGAUUUUUAAUUUCUCGUCUCUUUUGUCUCAGUUGAUCUCAGAGUGGAGAAUUGCCGAGUGAAGAGCAGCCCUUGGUUUUUAUGCAUUUUUCUUUAUUAACUUCCCCAGAUCAAUUGUCUUCUGGACUUCAAAUUAAGAAUUAUGAGCUUAGCACAUACUCUGGUGUACUAGUUAUAUGAUAAAAAAUUUGAUGAUGCUUUUCUGGUUCACUUUUAUAGUAUAGUAAAUAUGCAUUGAGAUUGAGGUG